UCCAACGACAGGCGGCGCUCGAGGCAAAGAAAAGCCACGACAGGCCCUCCUUCAAGGUUUUCCUCUGCCUUCGCCCGAAGAGAACCUUUGACCGGAACUGCGGUGCCUGUUAGCGUUGCUAACAUAGCAGCUAACGGGCUAUUCGUUUCCAUUUUGUUUUUAUACGUGUCGAUUUUUAUGAGAGAGAUGUGGUUUAUAAAUUUGCUGAGCUGGCUGUCGCUGUUAAUACAGGUGUCCUUCGUCACUCUAGCCAUAGCUGCCGGUCUGUACUACUUGGCAGAACUAAUAGAAGAGUACACGGUGGCCACCAGUCGAAUCAUAAAAUACAUGAUCCUGUUCUCAACGGGCGUGCUAGCAGGUUUGUACAUUAUUGAAGACUUCCCGGCGUUGAUGGUGGCGGUGGGGCUCUUCACCAACCUGGUUUACUUUGGUCUGCUGCGGACGUUCCCGUACAUCCUACUGAGCUCGCCCAACUUCAUCCUUUCCUGCGUGUUGGUGGUGGUAAACCACUACAUGGCCUUCCAGUUCUUUGCAAAAGAAUAUUAUUCCUUCUCAGAGGUGCUAGCUUAUUUCACCAUCUGCCUCUGGGUGAUUCCUUUGGCCUUUUUCGUGUCGCUGUCGGCGGGCGAAAACGUGCUUCCAUCCACUAUGCAGCAAGGCGAUGACGUGGUGUCUAAUUACUUCACCAAAGGCAAGCGAGGGAAACGCUCGGGGAUCCUCUUGGUGUUCUCCUUCCUCAAGGAGGCUGUGCUGCCCAGCAGGCAGAAAAUGUACUGAGGUUGUGGACUCAGGUGGGUCGGGUGGGGAGGUCUGUCAUGGUUGGCAUCCAAAGGCAAAGAGAACGGACUUCCUGCCGGGCCAGUCGAGGAUCUUAACGGAUCGUUGUGUAAUCCAACUGGACUGUCUCGUUAAAGUGUUAGAAAGCAUGUUUGAUACUUACACGACAGAGUCAGAAUCCUCACUGUCGGUUGCCCGGUUUGGACAUGUAACUGUUCCGCAGUAAGGUCAGAAGACGAACUUCCCAAACCUCGGGAUGACUUGGGAGUAGUUCAGCAAUUUAGGAAGGAGGAGACACGCAGCAGCUCAGAAGAUGAAAUGGAAGCCACCUGUCAUUGUAUGUACUGGACUGUUUUUGACCGGCACAUUUUUCUACCUUGUUUUGAUUCUGAAGACGACAACGAGAAACUUUUUGUAAGAGAAGCUGCUCAGUUGCUUUACUGAAUUCAUGUACAAAUGGCGCAGUUUGAUUUAGUCGCCAAUUAAUGGAAGCGGUAAGAGUAAAAAUCAUUCUUGAGGAUGGCCUUGAGUUUGUGUUCUUUCACCGUUGACUGAACUGAAGGGUGACCAUCGGGACCUGAGGCUUUUCCUGGUAGCAUGUGACAACAUUUGAAAAUAUUAUUGAAUGCUGUUUACUCACAAGAAGUGAAGGUAAUAAGGAGAGUGAACAAUAGAAAGUUGAAUCUUAAAGUCAUGUAGAGAUAAAUCCAGUAUCCAGUCAGAUUUGGACUUUGGAAGGAUUAGUAUUUGGGUGAUUUUGUUACUCUUUGCUGCUCUCUGCUGGCGAGUUUGGUGAAGUCUCGAGCCAGGGGUUAAGAAAUGAGCUCAAGAUAAGGAAGCAAAUAUGUUUCUAUAUUUUAUAAGCAACCAUGACCAGGGCCACGUGCCCUCGGGGCGGCCCCUGGACUAGAAUUGUGUGCUGUAAGUGCGCUGAUUCCCUACAUCCUCUCUCUUGUUCCUCAUCCCCACGCCUGUGCGCUAAUGUACCGUGGCACGUUUAGCAGCCCAGAGUCACAUCGAGCUCUGGACGCUGACCGCGCGGCGACCUCCCUCGGCAUUGCCACCCGGGCCUUCUCAGAGCCAGCUUGUACACUCGCGAUGAAAGAGAGACUGUUUCAUCAAGGUGUCGAGCCGGCUGUGAACGCCAACACUCCUAAAUUGUUAGGGGUAUUGGGUGAAAUUUCAUGUGUUAGCUAAAAGGCAGUGACACAUUUUCAGGUGAACUUUAUUUGACCUCAGGUUUUACUGUAUUUAACUCAUUAAGCACAAUUGAUCAUGAAGGCAACGCUUGUGUUCCUGCUCAUUUGAUUUCAUCAAUUGCGCUCAAACAUGAUCAUUUCCCGCUAGCCCUCCCAGUUCAGGGGCAGAUUACAUUAGCUUGGCAACACAGACUGGUAUCUGAUUGGAUAGAAAAUAAGUCGGACAGAAGCAGCGAGGAAAUUUGACCGGGAAAGAUGGAAAACAAUUUCCCAGAAGCAAAAUUUGAAUUUUAGGGGAGUGGUUCUGCUAGCCGCCCGGCCUCCCAAUGUUGCAAGGGCCGUGACGGAGCUACGCGGCGGAGCUAUUUCUGCCCAUGUUAAUUUGCUCCGUGUUCGCCAAGCGGUUCACAGCUCGGUCAGCCCUCCCUGAUACUACACUGCCGCUCGCAUCAGUAAAGGUUCUCCCGUCACAUCGCAUUUAGGUCGAGAUGCCGCUGAACUGUGAAUGCACCGCGCGCGGGGACCCGCCUGCUGCCCCGCGGCCUCCGGGUCCUGGAGUCCUUCGAUUUUUAGAAGGAAUCCCAUUUUUCAGCCUUAUUUCCAACCUCAUCUUUGGGACUGCGUUUCCCCGAAACGACCAUCGUUCAGAUCCAUCUUAACCUAUUCUGUGCCGACUAGCGUGCUAGCCCCACUUCCAUGAAUAAUUCAUCCUAUUAUUCACGCCCCCCCUAAUUGUAGCAUCACAACAAUACCUCCAAUGACAAAUUUGAUAUCUGAACAAACAAGCAGCUAAUCACGGAUUGAUAAAACACUGCUCAAUAUCGUGACCUUCUCCGAAGUGCGAGGAGGUGAAUUCGUCACCCUUAAUUGAAUCCCGUUGAAGUGUGCGCACGUAAACCAUCCUCAGGAGGAACGCGCAUAGAAACGGAGGUGAAGUCGCUCAACAACAUAAUGGGGUCACAUCCGUGAGACCAUCUCCGGGAUCUUCUGCGAAGUUGUCGCUAUAAAAGGAGGAGAUGCUGCUCUUUGGCACUGCAUUUAAAAUUGAUGGAACAUCUACACUUACCUGUUCGUGCUAAAGGCUUCGUGAAAGUCAGUCUUAAGGGGAGCUUGUUUGUGCUUGGUCACAACAGGAAUUGGAAAGUCGUGGAGUUUCGAUCUUUUCAGCGUCAAGUAUUGAUUCAGAAUUUCAGAUCGAUGUAUAGUUACACCUCUACCAUUGUCACCAUGACAACAGGGGCAGAUGAACCCCUGACCCCUGCACCGGCAGUAACAGAUCCAGAUUAGCGAGUGCUGUGCAACUACGUUGUCGCUAACGCAGUUCGGCACGCCAUAUGCCGCCGCCUGCAUUUUUUAUGAUGUCACGCUCGCAAACUGCGCACGUUCAGUCAAGGGCCAUUAUCACGAAGGUGCCACGACCCUCACUUUAGGGAUCGACCGGGGCGCUGGGAUCAUUGGCAACCGAAUAUUUGAGCCGCCGGGCGAUGAAUGAGUUAUGUUUCCGCAAAACACGAUGAUCCACGCUGACUCGGUGACCUCAUCGGUCGGUCGGAGCCUCCGCCCACGCUCGCUCGCUCUUCAACCCCCGCAGGCAUCUGCCACCAUGAGCUGAUCGGAGGACGUUCGAGCAGGACAUCCAAUGCUCAUCGUGCAGCCUGACCUCCAGCUGAACUCCGCCCCCUCCAAUCCCUAGCGAGAACAAGAAGCUCAAAGUUGCCUCCACGGCUUGUCAGGAGACUCCAACGCACGCUUUCUGGUUGCGCCACCGUCAGGUCAAUAGGGGUGCUUUCAGUUCAAUCAACACAAUCUGGGAGAUUGCAAAGCAGUUCUUCACACUUGACUUCAAACGGGCGCGGGUUCCGGAUGAGAGCUCGCGGCUCAGGCGAAUACUGUUUUAUUCAUGUCAGCAUCUUGCUCUCAUUGUCCCUGCGGAUAGCUCGUUGAAUAAAUAACAUCUAUAGAUAUGUCUUUAUCAUUUAUUUUGCAGCCAAGUAAAGGAUCAAAGCGAGGGACGGCCUUAGUCAUUCAAGUGGUCUUGUACUCAAGACUAAACCAUCUGAGAUCUGAACAUGCCAAGACCAAGAGUUUAGGGAGUGGAGACCCUUAAAAUUUGGUUUCCGGACUGAUUCCUAGACCAAAAACCAAUCUUGGACGCACUUAAAUCCAUUUGCAGAUCAAUUUUCAUUCCUACUUUUUUAUUUCAGUUCGAACUGAACACAACACACUACCUAUGAACAAAUGUUCAUUCAAUGUCACUCUCCCACUUCAAAAAGAUUGGAUGUCUACUCAGGAUAAACUCACGAGUUGAUUAAGUACAACAGCCACAUGAUUUCAUUUGGGAACAAAAAUCAGUAUCCUCACUGCUAACAGCUUCUCCGUCAACCAAUCAGCUCAGUCCUGGCUAGACACUCCACCAAUAAGGUGCCGGCAGUCCUCGGGGCGGGCGGGGGUGUCUCAUUAGCUAGAUUCCAGGACCUGGCUCCGGCCCACUGGACUCACUCAAGCGGAAAGGAUGACGUCCAGAGGGGGAUUCGUCAUCUGCAGCAUCAUCC